AAAUAUAAACUUAUACGAAAGACCACUUGCUGUCCAACUGGCAUGAAGAAGGUGUGACAAAGUAGGUAAACUACAUUAACAUCACAUGGACAUUCAAGAUCUUGUGAUCACUUUGUGAGUGUGGCGUCUAUUUACGGUGCUGAAACGUUAUACCUCUGUUGGGAAUGAUGGCGAGCGCCAGACUGGAGCAUUGCGUGUAUUACGUGAUGAGAGGCACCGAAGCACCUCUCUAUUUAUAACGGAUCAUAGGGCCUGACACAUUGCACUCUCACAACAUAUGGACGGCCGACCAGAGGACACGUAGAGAAACAGCAUGCCACUGCUGGGACACCGGAGCAUAACACUCUAUAUAAGAGUGGCACAGCAGCAGGAGGCUUAACAGGUAGUGGUGAAACUGUUUUGUAACCCUUCCUCACAAUGGAUGACUAUGAACACAGUGUGCACGUCUCCGAGGGUGACUGGGACUCCUUCUUCCAGGAGUGCGAGGAGUGUGACCUCCACCCCCACGCGCUGGCUGGAUUGGACUCUAGCAUUAGUGACUACAGCUUGAGUGACGUUGAUGAUGCGGGAGGGUCCACUUUCUUAGACAAGGGUCUGCGAGUUGACCUCAAGUCAGAUGCUUGGGAGGCUGUCUGCCCCAUGGACGGCCCCCGGGAUUCCGAGGGUUCUCCCGUGGAGCAUUACCUCAACAAGUACAGUGUCGGUAGCUUGGAGAAUGUCUUGUCGUGCAGCGAGGAUGAGGAUGUGCACCUGGAGUCUAUCAAUAUGUUCUUUGAGAGGCUUAAAAGUCUCCCAGAGGCUGAACAGUUUAUUGAGCACAGCCAAGCAACAGUGGGGAAAAGCAGCAAGGUGGGGCAGGGGGAGGUGUGUGGUGAUGGGCCACGAGCCAAUGACGACGCUUUGCCAAUAAACAACCCAGAGUUCAACUCCCUGUCUGCCAGCAGUGAGGCAGCAACUGGCAUGGAAACCACAGAGCCAGACAAUGCCAAAACAACAGAUAGGCCUGACUCCAAGGUGGCUCCUGAGCUCCCAGUCAAUGAUGCCUCUGAGGGCAAGACAGACAAAUCCACCAAUCCCAAUGUAGAGUUGGCCAUCAGAGAGAAGGAUUGGAUGUUGGUGCCAGCAAAUGAAGCAGGGAGGCUGAAAAGGGAGGGUCAAUCCUGUGACUUACUCAAAGCAAUAUUGGAAAUGACAGCCGACUCAUUAAAGACACCUGCCUCUGGGAAAGUGCUGAACUCAGAGUUAGCUGUAUGCAAAAGUGUGGGUGAUGAGAGUAAUGGGGAUAUCCUGUUAGAUAAACCACUUCUUAAGAAAACCUCUGAUUUGUGCCUUAACCCUGAUAGGGAUUCAUCUAAAAACCUUGAAGUGAUGCCACACAAUAAAUCAACAGAAGGCAAAUACCUUGCUGUCACAUCAACAAAGAAAGACCCAGAACAGCAGAGCGUAAGGAGCCCAGAUCAGUCUCCAACAUUCACCAUUAAAAAGAAGAGAAGGAGAAAAAAAACGGUCAGUAUUGUGGACGCUGGCCAAGGGUACAAGAGGCAGUUCUUUGCCAAUCAUAGUGACUCUGAGGCGAAGAGAUGUGCACAGGGAAUAGAAAUGGAUGCUCAUGUAAGACUAUCAAGAGAUUACACUGCAGUUUGCAUGAAUGAGGCUGGCUGUGAGCAUAUCAAAUCCUCAGCUCACCAAACUCAGAGUUUUCAUUGUCGACCUACACACUCAGAAAUACUCCAAGGGAGAGCCAGAAACAAUGUGACACCUGGCCCAACUGCAGUGGAGCAUGACGAAGUGAGCCUCAAUUUACCAACUCCCCUUCUAAGAGACCGUCAAAGUCAAACACUAACUGAGAAGAAUGAGUUGAGGCCAGUAAAAGCUGAGCCUCUUGGUAUGGGGGCGAAAUGCAAACAAGCCAAAUCUAGCUUACCUGUAAACAGUGAAUGCACUGAUAGAUCAACAUCCCCACCAGGUCGAGCUGUUGACAGCGGUUUGUCAACACCUAAUUAUGACGGUAAUGUGGCAGCAAAUUUACAGCCAAGCAGCGCAUUACAAUUACAGCCAUCAACAGAAUCUAAAGAAUGUCCUGGAUUGCCAGUCUCAAUGUCCACCUGUGCUUCUAGUGAGUCAUCUCCGGUCACAGAGGAAGCAAAGUUUGGCCCAGAUAACAUCACAAAAUAUCAAAGGGAGUCUGGGCCUCUGCAACUGCACGAAGUGAAUGGAAAGACUCAAAACAGGGACGCCUCAUCUGAGAUUCUCCAUACACCAGAAUCAACAGAACAUAACACCGCACACAGAAAGAACAACUUACUCAUCUCUAAAGGCAGCAGUGGUGUUGUUUCAAACACAUUGCAGCUGCCUGCUCAUGAAAACAUAGUCCUCAAGAUGCACCAAGAAUUUAAAAAUGUACUCAUCCCAACUCUUGAUAAGAGUAUGCCAUCAGGAGUGGUCAGCACUAACACAACACUAAAACCCACCAAGACACCAUUACUUGGCCAAAUCAAUAGUUUCAAUGAGCCCUGCUGUUCAAAAUCAGAUGACGUAAUCAGUCAAACAACAUAUGGAAACCAGACAGUUAAUCCUGUAUUAGCAAUACCUCUUUUUACUGUCUCGUGUUACUCUGUUAUUCCAAAGAGUGCUAUGAACUCUAAUCAGGCAGAUGAAAUAAAUAAUACUUACAUAAGUUAUAAUGUCACUGAAAAAGACCCUGAUUCGUGUACUCCAGAGAAUGUCCCAUUAACUCAAUCAAAUAUUUCACUUUCUAAUUCCCCUGAAUUACAAAUGGAAAGUAACCAAAUUGUUGGGUUUCAGUCUAACAAAACAUAUAUGACAGCACUGCCAGAUAAACAUAACACUGACAUAGACUUGCCAAUGACGUUAUUUGAAAGCUCUGAUACACCAGAUAUUCAAACCAGAUUCAAUGGUCAAGAAGCAGAACUUUCUGUAGGCAAAGCAACAAGGGAAAUGUCUGAACAUGACAGUCAGGAUACGUCUCAAGAUACUCCAGAACUCAAAGUUGAUAUAGAGAUCAACACAGAGGACACUGUUAGCACAGCCAAAACAGCAGAGUGCGAGGGGAUUGAAAAAGCACCCGACGAAACACGUCCUGUGUAUGCCAUCUCCAGUUUUUGGAAUGAGAUGGAGAAGCUGACCAUUAAUGACAUUUUGCGACUACGUAUGGUCAGCAAUGCCCACCAGUCCAGUGUUCUCCCCCAGCCACCAGAGGCUGAGGCAGCCGACAGCUCUGAUGCCGCAGACUCAGGCUACUUCACUCACUUGGACGACUCCAAACCUCACCGCUCCAGUGGCGACAUUUCCACCAUUUCUGAUUUUGACAAAAAAUUCUCACAAAAUACAAAUGCUGAUAAUCCAAGCACUGAUCCAAUCACGAGAAAUAAAUCAUCCAACUCUAUUGGUAUCUUAUGGGAAAGCGAGCCAGACUCAGUUAGCGUUGGGGCUGGUAUAUACCCAGAAAAUGUUGCAAUGCUAAGUUCCGCAAGUUACAUCCCCCGACCAAUUUUUUCAGGCAGUGCCCCACAGUACGUAAGAAAAAUUAGCAAAAACGUCAGUGUGCAGAACCUACUAGCUCUGGAAGUUGAACCACUUUGCCAGGUGUUGAAAGGUCAGGCCUUACCAACUGUUAUAUCAGAGGAAAGAGAACCAGAAAUGGAGUCCUGCAGUGAUGGACAUUUAGUGAGGCAGCACAGUAGCAUGAAUUCUUUACCUUCAGCAUCUUUUUCAGAGGAUGUGUCAAAAGAAAGCAAUCAGAUCUCUUUCUCUGAGAUCAUCCAGUACGUCUUUGGAGGAAAUAAAUCGGAGGCCAGUCCAUCGGAAACAAACAACAUGGCCGCCUACUAUGUCAACAGUGAUUCAGUCCCUGAUUAUGAGCAUUUCUACUCCGAGUUUGAUGCAGGAAGCUUCUUCUACCCUGUCAGGGAGGCAUCAAUCCACAACAAGGAUGAGCUGUUGCCCAUCUUUUCCUGCGGACAUUCGGCCAACAAGAAUCUUCAGUUCCCGGAGGCCUACGAUCAUUUCUUCUCCAGUGACUCGUCUGCAGACUCGGAUGAGGAAGAUAACCCAGUCAGAAGUCCGAUCCGGGUGAUCACGCGGUUGAACCAUAAGCCAAAUGAGACGCAAGGUGUAAUAGUGGCUCCGGACAUAUAUGAGGACUUUUUCACAGACGAGGGUCUAAGUGAGAACUUCUUCUGGAAAAACUAUUUCUCCCUACGGAAGGUCCGCCUCACUGGCUCCACCAGCCAAAGUCAGAGAUCUGACUCCUGGUCCCUGGUUCCUGUGGAUGAGAUCAAGAGUUCAUUCUGCAGAACCAUUAGACCCAUCCACACGCUGGGCAUCCAAGACCAGCCUUUUCCUGAUCAACUGCUGUACAAACUAGAAGGCAGGAUCUUCAGACAGCUGGCCGAACAGAAGAGGAGAUAUCCGGAUCUGCAGAUGGCUGUUGCUAAUCCCAGAUUAGAUGCCUCCCUUGUACCUCUCAGACAGUCAGACAUGUGUUUAGUCUGCAUCGCAUUCGCCUCCUGGGUGUUGAAGUCCGCUAACCCACAAGCUGGAGAUGCCUGGAAGGCUGUUCUCCUGGCCAACAUAAGUGCGCUGUCUGCCAUCCGAUACCUGCGGAGAAGAGGCAGGGAAGAGGCAUCUGGAGAGAAGCCAUAACAUCAAACACCCUCCAUCUGAUACAGGGACAGUCACCAUGCACAGCUACGUCCUUCCUAGGUUUACCCCUUACUCCCAUGGAAACUGAAUUCAUCUUGGGUGCUUUGACGUUCAGUCCUAUCAGGGUUUCUUGGGACGUCGACCCUAACCCAUUAACCAUUGGACAUUUCUACUUCAAUGGGGUAGGGACAACCCAAGGAUACCGUAUAGCAUGGACCAUCCUUUGACUGCAAGUGAAAUCUGUGGUUUCCUCUUGUAAAAAUAUAGAUAAUAAAUAAAAAAUAGAGGGCUAAAGCUAUGUUUUGCUCUGCCUGAAAUGUUUGCACUAUAACUUCUGAACAUCAAAGUUAGCAAUAAAAACCAUGUCCAAUCCACUGAAAUGGUCAAGAUAGUGUGUAUGAUAAUAUUCCUGUAUGCCAUUUUUUAAGAGUGUGUUUGAGGUCCGUUAAUGUCAUUUGGAUAAAUAUAACCUAUAACAAGGGUUUAGAUGACAACAUCCUUGGGUAAGAGAUGUAUGAUAUUUAUGAGUGUACAAAAAGAGACAGAUAUAUUGAGAUUUUAUAAUGAAGGUACCAAAAUGUAGAGAAGAGACAUAAGAUGCCAGUGUAAAGUGCUCUAAGAGAUAUACACUGUCGAUGUGUUAGGAUGAGGACAUGAAUAUAGUGUGUAUGUUUUGGAAUUGAAUGACAAAUAUUAGUAAAGUAAAGGUACAGAAUGGAUACAAAAAUAUACCUAUGUUUGAUUAUUCAAUCAACUUCAAAGUAUUUUACUAUGUGAAAUCAUCGCAUACCCCAGGACAAAACAAAGGUGUAUUAUAUGGGGUGACAGGUAGCCUAGCGGUUAGAGCUCUGAGCCAGUAACCAGAUUUAUUUAGGGGACUACAAAUACGUGCCAUUGUUUUUUGUUUAUACAUAAUUACGGCUGUUUUAUUUGAUGGCCUCUAUUAGAUGACUUUCUGUCAUUGUAUGGUUUGUUCUGUGAACUGUGGAUGUAUUACGUUUCAAAUAUAUGGCAUUUCAGAGUUGA